ACUUGUCACUCCACUCCUCUUACUUACUCCUUACCUUCCCUCCCUUUCUCUCUCGAAAAACCAGAGACGGAGAGAGAGAGACUUGCUUCACAAAAUGACACGCCUAGUACUUCUCCCUCUUCUUCUUCUUCUUCCGCUUCUUUGCCUCUACGUCGCCACCGCACGCACUGUCUCCGAGUACCGAGCCCUCCUCUCUUUUAAACUAUCCAUCACCGACGACCCAGACUCAUCGUUGGGCUCAUGGAACGAGACCACGAGCCACUGCACAUGGGCUGGUGUCUCCUGCGACGCACGGAGGCACGUGGUAUCUCUGGACCUCUCUGGCCUCAACAUAUCCGGCACCCUCUCCCCUGAAAUCGCCCACCUCGUCUUCCUCCAGAACCUCACAGUCGCCGUCAAUCAGCUCUCAGGCCCCAUUCCUCCUGAGAUCUCUACAAUUGCCGGCCUCCGUGUCCUCAACCUAUCCAACAAUAUCUUCAAUGGCACAUUCCCUUCACACCUCGCCCAACUCAACAACUUGCAGGUUCUCGACUUGUACAACAACAAUAUCACCGGAGAAUUGCCGGUUGUUGUUACCGAAAUGACGAGUCUCCGGCAUUUACAUCUCGGAGGCAACUACUUUGAGGGAAAAAUUCCGUUGGAGUACGGCCGCUGGGAGUUCUUGGAGUAUUUAGCGGUUUCUGGUAACGAACUUGGUGGUACGAUCCCGCCUGAAUUAGGGAACUUGACAACGCUCCGGGAACUGUACAUUGGGUACUAUAACAGCUACGAAGGAGGUUUACCACCUGAGAUCGGUAACAUGACGGCGUUGGUUCGCUUUGACGGCGCUAACUGCGGGUUGUCGGGUGAGAUACCUCGUGAGAUUGGGAAGUUGCAGAACCUGGACACGCUGUUUCUCCAAGUGAAUGCGUUUUCUGGGUCCUUAACGCCUGAGUUGGGAACUUUAAACACCUUGAAAUCCAUGGAUUUGUCUAACAACAUGUUCACGGGGGAAAUACCGGCUUCUUUUGCGGACCUGAAAAACUUGACUCUAUUGAAUCUGUUUCGAAACAAGCUUUACGGUGCGAUUCCGGAGUUCAUUGGAGACUUGCCGGAGUUAGAGGUGUUGCAGUUGUGGGAGAACAACUUCACUGGAAGCAUUCCUCAGAGAUUGGGGAAGAAUGCGAAGCUUCAAAUUCUCGAUCUCUCUUCAAAUAAGUUGACCGGAUCUUUGCCUCCUGACAUGUGUUCGGGUAAUCGAUUGGAGACCCUGAUUACUUUGGGGAAUUUCCUGUUUGGUCCAAUCCCGGAUUCCCUGGGAAAAUGCGACUCUCUCAGUCGGAUACGAAUGGGAGAGAACUUCCUCAACGGUUCGAUCCCGAGCGGUCUAUUCGGGUUGCCGCAGCUUACGCAAGUUGAACUGCAAGACAAUCUUCUUACCGGAGAGUUCCCGGUGACUAAUGAUAAGGUAGCAACCAAUCUCGGCCAGAUUAGCCUCUCCAAUAACCAGUUAUCUGGGUUGUUGCCACCGACCAUUGGGAACUUCUCCGGAGUUCAGAAGCUUCUUCUAGAUGGGAACAAGUUCUCUGGUCGAAUCCCACCGGACAUUGGGAGGUUGCAGCAGCUUUCCAAGAUGGAUUUCAGUGACAACAAGUUCUCCGGCCCGGUUGCUCCUGAGAUUAGCCAAUGCAAGCUGUUAACUUUCGUUGAUCUCAGCCGUAAUGAGCUGGCUGGUGAGAUUCCGAACGAGAUCACAGGUAUGCGGAUACUGAAUUACCUAAACCUGUCAAGAAAUUAUCUGGUCGGGGGCAUUCCUCCAUCUAUUGCCACUAUGCAGAGCUUAACUUCUGUUGAUUUUUCGUAUAACAAUCUCUCUGGUUUCGUUCCUGGCUCUGGUCAGUUUAGUUAUUUCAACUACACUUCGUUUCUUGGGAACCCUGAACUUUGUGGACCUUAUUUGGGGGCCUGCAAAGAUGGGUUUGCUAAUGGAAUCCACCAAGGACAUGUUAAGGGGGGACUCUCUGCUUCUUUGAAGCUCUUGCUUGUUAUUGGAUUACUUGUGUGUUCGAUUGUGUUUGCGGUGGCAGCAAUAAUCAAGGCUCGAUCGUUGAAGAAAGCAAGCGACUCUCGCGCUUGGAAAAUGACUGCUUUCCAGCGCUUGGACUUGACUUGUGAUGAUGUUUUGGAUUGCUUAAAAGAGGACAAUAUCAUUGGAAAAGGAGGUGCUGGGAUUGUUUACAAGGGUUCAAUGUCGAAUGGUGAUCAAGUUGCAGUGAAAAGGCUACCGGCAAUGAGCCGGGGGUCUUCCCAUGAUCAUGGAUUCAAUGCUGAGAUACAAACUUUGGGGAGGAUUAGGCACAGACACAUUGUUAGGCUACUUGGCUUCUGUUCAAAUCAUGAGACUAAUCUUUUGGUGUAUGAGUAUAUGCCUAAUGGGAGCUUAGGUGAAGUUCUCCAUGGCAAGAAAGGGGGCCAUUUGCACUGGGAUACGAGAUAUAAGAUUGCGGUAGAAUCUGCGAAGGGACUCUGCUAUCUUCACCACGAUUGCUCCCCGUUAAUUGUGCACCGAGAUGUCAAAUCUAACAACAUCCUUCUGGACUCCAAUUUUGAAGCUCAUGUUGCUGAUUUUGGCCUUGCCAAAUUCCUCCAAGAUUCUGGAACAUCAGAGUGCAUGUCUGCAAUUGCUGGCUCUUAUGGAUAUAUAGCUCCUGAAUAUGCUUACACACUGAAGGUUGAUGAGAAGAGUGAUGUGUACAGCUUCGGUGUAGUUCUAUUAGAGCUCGUCACAGGAAGGAAACCAGUUGGAGAAUUUGGCGAUGGUGUGGACAUAGUUCAAUGGGUCCGGAAAAUGACAGACUCAAACAAGGAAGGAGUUCUAAAAGUCCUUGACACAAGGCUCUCAUCCGUGCCCCUCCACGAAGUGAUGCACGUAUUCUAUGUUGCAAUGCUGUGUGUAGAAGAACAAGCUGUGGAACGUCCCACAAUGCGAGAAGUCGUUCAAAUUUUAACAGAGCUCCCAAGCCCUCCUUCGAAACCGGGAGACUCAACAACAGCAGAAUCCUCUCCACAGACAACAACUGGUUUAGACUCCCUUAAAGACGACAAUCAACAAUCACAGCAGCCUCAAUCACCACCACCUGAUCUUCUCAGCAUUUGAUUAAGUGCAUUUAGUUUGGAAGGGUAGUGCAUAUGUGUGGUUCUCUUAAUUAAGUUUCCAUGAAUUUUAUUAGUUUCUUCAUCUUUCUGUCUACUGUUUUUGGGGAAGGGGGGAGUUUGCUAACUUGAAUGUGUUUACAACCUGCUUUGAAGUUCUCUUGUACAGUGGUUGGGAUUGGUUGGUGUAGGGUAUUUUCCUUAUAAACUUUGUUUUGUUACCUGUACUACUUGUUCCUGACUUGGUGACUUUCACCUUCUGAGCCUCUUUGUGUGAUAUUAAAUAUAGUUACAUUAAUUAUAGAUAGA